AUUAAACAGCACUCAAAGCGCGCUUUGAGUGCAGACUCGGUUUCCUUAACCCGCACAGCAAAUUAAACUCACAGAGAAGGAGAGAGAAGAAGAAGCAGUGCCAGCAAUGGGCUCCUCUUCUUCUUCUUCUUCUCCUCCUCUUCUUCUUCUGCUUCCUCUUCUCUUAUAUUUCACUCUCUUUCUCGCGUUUUUAUCACGUGCCACUCACGCCACCACUCCCAAAGGUAUUGACCUUGGGAAUCCAGUUAUUGAUAUCACUCCGUCAUUUCUUAAUGGAAAGUUUCCUAACCGUGUCUCUAGAGAUGUUUUAUACUGUGAACGAGUUAAAGUGUCUGGUCAUUCAAGAAUAGAGUGGGGGAGUUAUGCCAACUCUUUUCGAGUUACUUUGGCUCCAUCUGCUGUAAUACCAGAGAGAUUGCAUAGCAAAAUACAAGUUUGUUUUCAUCGGAAUUCUUCGCUCGCAUUAUGUCAUUGUGAAAAGGAUGAGUGGAGAACUGUUCAAAAGGGCAUGUGGAGCUCCGUCAUGUCUCCUUAUGACGAGAAAUAUGUUGAUGUGAAGUUUAUUGGUGAAGUUGCAGGUCCUGUCAAAAUCUCUGUUGAAGAAGUUUUUCAGCAAUGGCGUCUCUUGUGUCUAGCAGUGGGAUUUCUGUUACUAUUGCUGGCACCAAUUAUCAGCAGUUGGGUUCCUUUUUAUUAUACAACCUCAAUGGCAAUUGGUGUUUUUCUUGUUGUUAUUAUCCUUCUUUUCCAGGGAAUGAAAUUAUUGCCAACUGGAAGGAAAAAUAUCUUCUAUCUUUCCAUCUAUGGAUCAGUGCUUGGUGCUGGCACUUUCAUUUUACACCACAUCUCGAUGCUGGUAAAUUCCAUUCUCAUCAACUUUGGGCUUAGUGAAGAGAUGCACAAUCCAGUCUAUGUAUUUGUAGUAGUGGGGAUUGUGCUCGCAGGAGCUGCUUUAGGGUACUGGAUUGUGAGGAAAUUUGUAAUCUCAAAAGAUGGGAGUGUUGAUGUUGGCAUAGCCCAGUUUGUGAAAUGGGCAAUGCGGAUCGUGGCGGCCACCUUAAUUUUUCAGAGUACUCUGGAUAUUCUUUUAGCAUUGAUCACCUUUCAGUCUUUGUAUGUCGUCUGCUUUCUCAUCAAUGGAUUGACAAGGCGUAAUCAAGUAUAUCAAUCUCAUUCUCGAGGUGGAAGUCCUUGGCUUCAACAGGGAAGACAGGUGACUGCAAAGCACAAUCGCACUGAAUUCCUUAGCAGGUCUGGUAAAAUGAGCUCUGGAGGGAAGAUGUGGGGUAGUCCAAAGAGCGCAUCUGGUUGGUCUAACUCUCCUGUCAAAGGGACAAAAGAUCAGCAGGAUUUCAUUUCAACCUUCCACAAGACACCAAAGCAGAAGAAGUUCACUGAGACAGAGUGGGAGGAUUUUACCAGGGACUCGACCCAGCAAGCCGUUGGAGAAUGGGCAGCAUCACCAGAAGUUGCUGCUUGGCUGGUUGAGAAUGCUGAUCGAAUUCAACUAAUACCAAGUGAUUGCAGCUCAGAAGAUACAGUUGGAAGUGAGUCAGACUCUACAGACGAGACUAUUGGUGGAAGCGGCAAGAAGUUUUGCUUGUUUAAUUGGUAGAGACUGGAGUUGAAGAUAGUAGUUAAAUCAGGUAUCUAACACUUUUAGAAUGUGUUAUAGUAGGGAACAUUUCUUAGGAUUGUUAGCAACAACAGUGAGCCAUGCAGCAAUUUUUACAAAUUCUCCUUAACGUUGUAUUUAACUGCUUGGUCAUGUCUUCAAAUUAUUGAUUGUUAAACUUGGAAGUCUCAAUCAGCGCUUAUGUACAGACUUUGGAAAGAGGGGUUGUAUAAAUUCUUGCUAGGAAGAAUGUACGUGAAGUUCAUCAUCA